AUGGGGCGGCCGAAGCAGAAGAAGGCGCAGCUGAAGCGCGCCACGCGGAAACCCAGGCGCGGGGCCCACGAAGGCAAUCCGCCGCUGCCGCUGGGCGGGGAGGACGGCAGCGCGGUGGGGGAUGACGGCGGCGGCAGCAACGCGCUCGUCAUCGCGCCCGCUGCGCCGUGCGCGCGGGGCAGCCGUUACCACGAGCCCUGCGAGCGAGUGGACGGGGUCGAAGCUGAGCUGGCAUCCGGCGCUGACGUGGCUGCUGACGUGGCGCUGGACAACGAUGAGCUGGAGCUGGUGGACGACCGCAAGAAGCGGCGCAACAGCAAGCGCGUGCAGCGCAAGCUGCGCCGCAUCCAGCUUCCCCAUUCCCCUCACUCCUUGUCCCUUGCUUCUCCCGUUUUCCCGUUUCUUGUUCCCCGCUCCCCCCCCUCCCUCCCAUUUCGUCUUCACCGCUUCCUCCUUUCCCCCCAUUCCAACUUCCCCGAGUCAAGUAUGUUCCUCAUCACCGUGCUGCUUCCUCAUCAUCACCAUGCUGCGUUCUGCAGGAUCCUGCCGACGGCGGCGGGCAGGUGCAUGUGUCAUUUGAAUGUACUUGCCACUGCUGCUGCCGCCGCCGCUGGCAGAGCACCCUGGGUGAUUGUGCUGCUUGCCUGCCUGUUCGCCCCACUGCCUGUUCGCCCCACUGCCUGUUCGCCCCACUGCCUGUUCGCCCCACUGCCUGUUCGCCCCACUGCCUGUUCGCCCCACUGCCUGUUCGCCCCACUGCCUGCUCGCCCCACUGCCUGUUCGCCCCACUGCCUGCUCGCCCCACUGCCUGUUCGCCCCACUGCCUGCCCGCCCCACUGCCUGUUCGCCCCACUGCCUGUUCGCCCCACUGCCUGUUCGCCCCACUGCCUGUUCCUCUUGGCCCAUUCCCCUUGCCACCCCCCAUCCACCCUUCCCCAUUGCGCCCCCAGGCAGCACGAGGCGUCGGCCACCGCACUGCAUCUCAUGGCACCCAGCAGCACAUUGGGACAGGUGCGGGGAGGGUGGGGGGGCAGGAGAGAUGAGAGGGGGACAGGGAAUGGCAAGUGGAGGGCAGGGGAGGGCAGGGGGAGGGCAAGGGGAGGGCAAGGGGAGGGCAAGGGGAGGGCAAGGGGAGGGCAAGGGGAGGGCAAGGGGAGGGCAAGGGGAGGGCAAGCGGCAGGCAAGGGGAGGGCAAGGGGAGGGCAAGGGGAGGGCAAGGGGAGGGCAAGGGGAGGGCAAGGGGAGGGCAAGGGGAGGGCAAGGGGAGGGCAAGGGGAGGGCAAGGGGAGGGCAAGGGGAGGGCAAUGGGAAGCGGAGAAGUGGGGGAGUGAGGUGAGGCAGUUGAUGGGCGGAAGUGUGAGAGUAGCAGGUUGCACGAAGGUACUUAGUGUGUGCGUGCGUGUGUGCAUGUGCGCCCCCGCCUCCCCCCUUUUCCUGUGCCCUCACCCCCUCUACUCUUCCCUGGCCCCCUCCUCUCCAUCUUUUUUACUGCAUAUCCGCCCUCUCAUACCUGUCCUCUUUACCCGCCUUCCCUUACCCUCCUUCCCUUACCCUCCUUCCCUUACCCUCCUUCCCUUACCCUCCUUCCCCUACCCGCCUUUCCUUACCCUCCUUCCCCUACCCGCCUUUCCUUACCCUCCUUCCCCUACCCGCCUCCCCCCACCCUGCUCCGUCCACCCUUUCCCCACCCUACCUGACCCUGCCCUAACCUCAUCCCCAAGUGGCAGCGCAAGCAGGGCUGACCCCCCGGGAUGGGUGGAUUUGAGAAAUCGUGGAAACCCUUCUUCCAUUCUUUCCUACCCAACCCUCCUUCUCCCUCCCCACAAGCAGAGUGGCAGCAGCAAGCAGAGUGGCAGCAGCAAGCAGAUGGUGCAGCGCGCCAAGCAGAUGGUGCAGCGCGCCAAGCAGAUGGUGCAGCGCGCCAAGCAGAUGGUGCAGCGCGCCAAGCAGAUGGUGCAGCGCGCCAAGCAGAUGGUGCAGCGCGCCAAGCAGAUGGUGCAGCGCGCCAAGCAGAUGGUGCAGCGCGCCAAGGCGUUUGUAGAGGCAGGGCUGACCCCUCCUUUAACCCCCUUCCUCUUCUCCCCCCCUUUUCUGCCUCCCUUACACGCCACUAUUUCCCAGCAGGGUGGCAGCAGCAAGCAGAAGGUUGAGCGCGCCAAGGCGUUUGUAGAGGCAGGGCUGACCCCCCCUGCUGCCCUGCAGGCUCUGCUGCUGCGGGAGAGACGGGCGGGGGGGCGAGGGAGGGAGAGUGAGGAGGAAAGUGAGGAAGGGGAUGAUGAGGAUAGUGCGGAUGAGAGGGUUGAAGGCUUGUUGGCGUGGAAGGAUGAGAGGGGGAGGGCGAGGUGUGGGGGAAACGAGGGGGAAGAGAGUGGGGUGGGCGAGAGGAAAAAAGGGGCAGUAAAGGGAGGAAAGGAGGGGAGGGAAGGAGCAGUGAAGAGAGGAAAGUGUGUGGGGAUGGAGGUGGAGAUGAAAGAGAUGGCUGCAGAGGGCAUGGGAGGUGGGGACGGUGCGGAUAAAGCGAUGGCGACGGAAGUGAAGGGGGACACGAGUAGGGAGAGCAGUGGGGAGGAGGGAAGCAGAGAGGAGGGAAGCAGAGAGGAGGGAGAGGUUAGUGAUAGCGAUGAUGGGGAGGAGGGAGAGGAGGGGAAGCAACAAGGUGAAGAGGUGGGGGACAGGAAAGUAGAGGAGAAUCAGGGGUUGCUGGGCGAACAGGAGGGGCACCGAAUGGAGGAGGUCAGGGAUGACGUCAUCAGCGCAGAGGAAGGAGAGCAGCAGCAGGCAGCAGAGAGCAAAGGAGCAGCAGAGGAGGCGGAGCAGAGAAAGCAGGGAAAAGAAUUGGAAGGCAAGCCAGAGCAGGGAGGGGAGGGUGGUGGUCAAGGGGAGCAGGGAGGGCAGCAGGCGGGGCAGAGGGGAGGGAAGCUGUGGGUGCGGGUGGAGCGGCGGGAGGAGAUAGAGGCACAGCGGGCGGGGCUGCCAGUGGUGGCAAUGGAAGGCGAGGUGAUGGAGGCGGUGGGGGGCAGCAACGCCGUGCUUGUGUGCGGCGAGACAGGGUCGGGGAAGACCACGCAAGUGCCACAGGUGAGUGCGGGUGUGUGGGGUGGGGAAGGGGAAAUGCGUGGGUGGGGGGAGGAAGGGGAGGGUACAUGCGGGCCUGCCCUGCCAUCUCCGUGUGCAGUGGGAUGGGGUCGGGCAGAACGACCCAAGUGCCGCAGGUGUGUGGCGGAGGGGCGUGUGGGUGACAAGGUACGGCCCGUUCUUCCCGAAGAGAGCCGGUGGGAACGGCAGUUUCUCUAUGAAGCAGGGUACGGCUCGUCCCUCCCGGGCGGCACAACCGGCAUGAUUGCCGUCACUCAAGCAAGGAGAUUUCUGUACGAGGCGGGGUACGGCUCGUCCCUCCCGGGAGGCACACCCGGCAUGAUCGCCGUGACUCAGCCGAGGAGGGUGGCAGUGCUAGCAACGGCCAAGCGCAUAGCGGAUGAGAUGGGAGUCACCGUGGGCAGGGAGGUGGGCUACCAGGUGCGGUACGACCGCCAUGUGGCGGGCGGCACGGCCAUUAAGAUCAUGACAGAUGGCAUCCUGCUGCGCGAGGUGCAAGCGGACCUGCUGUUGCGGCAGUACAGCGCGGUGGUGCUGGACGAGGCGCAUGAGCGGAGCGUCAACACCGACAUCCUCGUCGGGCUGCUCUCGCGCAUCGUGCCCCUCCGCCAGGCACGUUGGGGGCAAAGGGGAGGGGGGUAG